CCCAGAUACAGGCACUUCAUGUAUCCCUAACUCCCUUCGCACCCGCAAUAUCCGUGAAACUUCUUCCCUACCUGGCUUUCGUUUUGCUUACCGCAUCCUUCUUAUUGGCCUUUUAUUUUACUACUAUACCCAAGGAUCUGCUGACUUUUCGAGAGAUUACUGUCGCAUUAUGGGCAAGCAUCUUGGCUGGUUUUGGUGUCAUUGCACUGUUUUCCAGCGCUGGAGUCUAUGUAUGACUUGGAACAACGUUCAUUGUGUUCGCGAAUGCUAGUUAUUGAUUUUCCAUUUGAAAUUACAUUUGGUACACUGGAAUACCCUCAGCAGACAUCCCAAACAUAAUGCAGGAGGCUACCCACCGUGUAGGAAAUAGUUGCGCCUUCGUCUGCCGAACGAGUCU